AUGCUCGAUUCACCCGCCAAGCGGCGCAAGUCUAAUUCCUCCAGCGCAAUCGCCGUCAGCGCUUCAAACACAGCCCAGCAGUCUCAGGUCAAUGGCGUUGAUGUACAGAAACCGCAGCGCCCAAGUCGCGCAUCGUUCCAGUCACCUACCAGAGCUAGUCUCGCCCGCUCACACCCAGACGUCCUCUCGCGCGUCCUGAGUCGCUCCCCCGCAAAAACAGCACAGCAGAGGCCAGCGAGUCGUGGGAGGGAGAGCGUUAGUAUUGGUGGUGGUGGUGGAGUGGGGGAUGGACAGUCGGGCGUAAGAGGUAGCAGGCUGCCUAGGCCAUCGUCACUUUCUGUGACUUCGGCUUUAGUGAAGGAAUUGCCGAUUCGGCAGGCGAUCCAGAAAUUUGUCCCUUUGUCGCCGCGUCGUGGGUCAAGUGUUCCUGUUUCUGCGUCUCAACCACCGCGAAAAUCAUCGCAGCGAUCACAGGUCUCCUUGUCGGCGGAGCCUGGUGCACAACGCCCCACGCCACAACCCCCCUUGCGGGGCAAGGACCCAACAUUUGGACCAAUAGUGGACGAGUCAAUUGCCAAUGGGAGACGCACGCGGUCUUCAUCAUCGCCGGGUCAAGGACAUGGCGAACCUGAGUUGCCUCCUACUCCGACUGAAUUGGGUCUGGAGAGAGUACCUAGCCGUCGGAGAGGAUUGUUGAGUAGCAGUAGCCCGAGCUACCGCCUGGAGAAAAAGAGGAAGCAAAGGAUAAGAGAUGGCGUGAAAAGGCUUAGUCCACUUAAAGAUAAAGGCCCAGAAGUUGACACGGAUAAUGUUGCCGAUCAAGUUGCGUCUCCGCGCAUUACUUUCCCUGAAGACGACGUUCCUGAUCCAGUAGGGGAAAAGGUAAAGUUGCGUGAUGCGCUUGUAGCUCAGCUAGCGAGAUUGAAGGAGGAGGUUGCGAAGAUAGAGUAUGAGGCGCAAAGAUAUGAAAAGCCAGACGAAUACCCAGCGCCAGAUGAAGAAUCUAUUAACAAUUUAAUCGAACUCCUGACGACCUCUAACCCAUCAUGUGCCCCUCCACCCCCACCGCCGCCCUCACCACCCCCAGUCUCCUCCGUCCUCUCAUUCCUCCUACCGUUUUCAUCCUCCCGAUUCAUUCCCUCAACUGAGCCUGCCCCACCUCCAUCAACCUCCCCCCCGCCAGAGAACCCGUUCGCUCUACACCAGCCAGCAGACUUAACACCAUACCUAACGCUCUUCGCACCCCUAUCCCUCACCGCGUAUACGACCACAACAACCUCCACCUCAAUUCUCCCAAAUUCAACACAAGAACCAUCCUCGUCAUCAUCACCCAUUAUUACCCAAACGCACAACCUAACCUUAUCCGCACCCGCUCCCUUUCCCAUCCACCUCUUCCAAAUCCCCAUAUCCCUACAAACAAAUCCAGAAAGCCAGUCCGUUGUCUCCAUAUCUAUCCCCGCACAACCGCAGCCACACCAUCCCGAUAAACCAGUAGAUCACAAUAUCCCUCCCACUCUCUCCUCCUGGCUACAAACCCGCCUCUCAAACCCACUAUUACAACGCGAUAUCUCCGGUCUCUGCUGGGGAAUAUCCCGAUACUGGGAAGCGGAUAUAUCGCGAGCGAAGAUCUGGGCGGAGCUGGAGGAGUUGCGCGAUCGGGUAAUAACUACUACCCUAUCGUCAGCUCAGAAGGUGCCCUCCGUACCAAACCGUGAUGACGAUAAUGACAAGGAAAACGACAAGAAGACAUACACGCCGCACAUUCUCCUUCCGCACCUUGGGCGCACGUCUUUUCUUUUCUCUGUUGUAGAGACACGGCAACGGAAACCGGAAGUACCAGCGGGUGGUAGCGUUCACUCAGCAUAUCCACAACUCCUCGUUACAUGCUCGCUUAGAUUGGAUUUAUGGACGAGCGAGCCGCAGCUGCAGCCGGAUAUUAGCGUUUCGGUACCGCUGUCGUCCCCCGCGGGAAGCCCGGAGAAGAUGGAGAGGGAGGCGAAGAGGGUUUUUCGGAGCUUUUUGGGGAGUGCGCAUGGCAAGGGUAAGGGCAAGGGCAAAGGAUGGAAAGCAGGGGCGUAUGGACAGGUAGAGAUUGAUGGGGAUGCGGAGGUGCUUGUUCGAGCUGUUGAAGGGGUUGUUGGGGUUCUUUUUGGGGUGAUGUGA